CUGGAAGACACUCGCUAAUUAUUGAUAUUUACGCAACAGUGUGCCAAGAAGAGACAGGCAGCAGCAGAAGUGCGUGAGUUAAGAGUUAGUACACAUGGCAACCGCAGUAGCAAAAGUUGGUAAAUCAGUGCACCGUAUAUUUGUGGGCAACUUACCCUGGACGGUUGGACAUCAAGAGCUCCGCGGCUACUUUAAGGAAUUCGGACGUGUUAUCAACGCCAACGUAAUAUUCGACAAGAAGACAGGCUGCUCCAAGGGUUACGGCUUUGUGAGCUUCAAUAGCUUGCAGGCGUUGGAGAAAAUUGAGAACGAACAGAAGCACGUGCUGGAAGGAAAUUAUCUCAAUAUACAAAAGUCCUAAAUGCAAAACAACGUAUACAAUUAAACAAAACACACUUACACACACACAGACCCCCAGCAAGCAUACAUAUACAUAUAUAUAUAAGUA